CGAGUCCACGGACGACGUCGGCUCACGGACGAGGUGAAUGAGAGCAUUUGGGCCCUCAACUGGCUCGUGGGUUCUUCCACCGCCAAUGCCAAGUUUUCUUCUCUUGGGCAGCGGGCCGCCGUUGACCACCUGUGCGAGACCAUCAAGUCUUUUCGGCCGCCGCCUCAGGCGGUCUCAGACGAGGAAGUCAUGCGUGCGCUUCUCGGCAGCAGAGCCCCUUAUGGCGGGGACGAUGACUUGACAGUGGUUCCCUACGACCGUGCUCUGGUGUCUAUCCCCGGUGACGGGCGAGUUCCCGUGCCCCUUGCCGAGGUGUUGCCGCCGGACGCCGCAAAGAUGAUCGUAGAUUUUGACACCCACCUGCUCAAGGACGACAACCAGUGGGGAGCGGAGGUGGAGCGUGGUCUCGAACACAUCGGUUCUUACAUGGGCCCUCGGCUCCGCUUCAGCCGCCGCAGUUAUCUCAACUUCAUCGGGGACCUGUUCAGAGGCCUCGAGAGCUUCUUUUGCCUCCCCGACAUCACUGGGGAAGAGCUGAAGGUGGUCGCCCAGGGCGACCCCGCCUUUGGGUACUUGUGGGGCUCCACGGCGGUCGCCCCCGCUAUGAAGGUGAUGCCGAUGGGGUGGACUUGGAGUUUCUUCUUCGCGCAGGUCUUGCACGCUCACCAGGUCCACCAGAUCAGGCCCUGGUCGCCCGGCGCGGUCGUGCAGGAUCGCGUCCCUCCGCCUCCUUUCAGGACGGGGACCGAGCUGGCUCUGCCCUGCUGCGACAAUUUCGUUGCGGCUGCCUCCUCUCUUGCACAGGCCGACGCUCUCCGAGAAGAUUGUAAGCGCCGGAUGACCUCGCUCGGUUUCGAGGUCCACGAGGAGGAGGCUGCCCGCCACUGGGCCGAGUCCUUGGGGUUCGCCAUCGACGGACUCACUGGGGAGCAUCGCCCUAGCCCUGUCAAGGCGUGGCGCCUCCGCCAGGAGCUCCGUGCCGCCGCUGCUCUGCUGCCCUCUGCGCGGGCCAACAUGCGGCGGCCCUGGGCUUCGGAGGUGGAGGUGUUCGACGCCAGUCCUGCCGGCUGCGGGAUCAUGACGGCGGCCCUGCCAGAGGUGGUGGUCUCUGAGAUCGGGAAGGUCGAUGAGAG